AUGUCCAACAGUUCUAUAUCUGUCAGGAACGAUGCCGUCUGUGGUCACUUUUAUGGGUUUGAUGAUGAUAACAAGAGAUGUCUUCGUGAGAAUACUUGCUGCGCGUGCGCUGAUACGAGGUCACCUGAAAUGGGGUUUGCUAUGGAGGAGGGGGUUCGGCAGACAACAUAUUACCUCAGAUGGGGUCUAGAUCUUACUGUAAUAGAUGUCAUGAUUAUUGGACGGAGCGCCGACUAG